UGGACAUCCAUCUUCGCCAUCAUUUCAUCCACACUCAUCCUACAUAGUAUUUCCUCUCGGUCAUCUACAGUCAUGGCGUUCGUCAUUAGACGUCCGUUCGCGAUUGUCAACGCUCUGAAGCAAGCGCCAAAGGUUGCUCAACCAGCGUUCCGGAGCUUCCAAACCCAAGCGCAACAACCCAUCAAGCAAGCCAUCACCUACUCGAAGCCCGCCACACCUCUCCAGGCCUUCGCAUCCGCAAGACAAAAUGCCUUCCGCCAGGCUUUCCAACAGAGCAGCAAGCGAUCAUACCAGCAGGCUGCGGCGCCACAGAAUCCGCUGGCGCAAGGCAACUUGACCCAGCGAUUGCUCUAUGGCGGCGCAAUCUUCGGUGGAACUCUUCUAGCCAUUAACCUUGUCUUCAACCGCGAAACCCGCGAUGAUGGCGGCAUGCCACCAUACGAGCGCUCAUACCUCAACGAGACCUUCCUCCACACCGGCCUAGGCAUCGGUAUCAUUGGAGUCGCUGCUCGCGCUCUUCACGUUAACGGUUGGUCCUACCGACUCAUGGCCGCCAACCCGUGGCUAGUGCUCGGUAUCGGCCUCGUGGGCAGCAUCGGAUCGAUGAUGGUAUGCCACGCUACACCUCCAGAGAACUACAUGUUGAAGUACGGCUCGUGGGCUGCAUUCAAUCUGACACAAGCAGCGCUCUUGAGCCCGCUGAUGUUCUUCCAACCUGCGAUCCUGGCGAGAGCAGGCCUCUACACUGUGGGCAUGAUGGGCUCAAUUGCGUUGGUCGGUGCGACGGCGAAGCAGGACAAGUACCUCUACCUUGGUGCGCCGCUGCUUGCUGGUGUGGCGAUCGUGGCGCUUUCGGGUCUGGCUCCAUUGGUGAUUCCGGCAACGGCGACAAGGGCGCUCAUGUGGACGGAGAAUAUCUGGCUAUAUGGCGGCCUGGCUGUCUUCGGUGGCUUCACCCUUUACGAUGUACAGAAAAUCCUGGCUCAUGCACGCAUGGUUCAACGCGGUAUGAUGAAGCGCGAUGUCGUCAACGAGACGAUUUCACUGGAGCUAGACUUCAUCAACAUCUUCGUGCGCAUGGUGCAGAUACUGGGCAUGCAGCAGCGUCGGAAAUAAAAGGUAAAUUUGGGAGGUUUGGGUAUUGGCCAGAUUGACAAGUUAGCGGCAUGAACGGGUGGCGUUUCAAAAGGCGGCGGAGCAGUAUGCGCAGAACAUGUACCACUAGGCUAAUUCGCUCACGAAGAACAUGACUCGGCUCAUCACUCAUUCACAGCUUUUUAUUCGAGACGUGUACUCUGGCGUUAGCUUACCAGCGAGGUUCACGACCGCGCAAAUACUUCCAAUAGAGAUACUGACCGGCGAUUAAAUUGAUUCGUCUAGGUAGCGCAUGUUAGCCGCAACAACACCUCCA